AUGACCGCGUGCGCUGACAGGUUUGUUCAAUGUCAAUCCCGUUCUCCUCAACAAAGGCAGCAAACUGGCUGUACGCCGCGUUCAGCGGAAGCCUUUGUCACUCCAACCCGAGAGCUCCUCGCGAGCUCGUCUUCCCACGCGAGUCCACGCGUCUGUCGGUCUCCCGCUUGUCGAGCGUCUUUUCACUCGGCGUCUCUCCCCUGUUCGCGUGGCGCCUUUGCCUCCUCUUCGUUGCCUCGUCGCUUGGCUGCCCUCGCGUCCUCACCUCCCUCCUUUUUGGCGGCGCGGAGCUCCGCUUCGUCAGGGAGCCCGCCGUCGUGCACGCCUUCGAAGGCUGGGGUCUCCACGCCUUCGCUGUGUCCCGCCUCCUCUGCGUCUCCGUCGCAAGCGGAGACGCGAAGCAUGCAGGCCGCAGUUGAGGCGGCUCGACGCGCGGACUGGGCUCGCGCCUUCCGCCACUUCUCUCGCGCCUUCCAGUCUCUGUCCGCUUCCUUGAGCGACGAAGACGCGCACGUAGCACACCUACUUUCUCCGUCUUCGCCUCCACCGCGUCCCUCGAGCAGCCCAGGCGACGCCGAGCCCGCCAGACACCGCACAGCGAGGCUCUGCAGCGAAACGGAGAAUCUCUCCUCUCGCGUGCGGCGGUUUGUGCGUUUGACGAACGUUCUCUUCGUUCUCCUCACUUCCGCGCGGAGCUCAAACGCCCCCCUUCGACGGUCGGAGGCGCCCGCGGCUGCCGACCUCGCCUCGACCCUCCUUGGCACGUUUCCGUCCCCCGCGUCUCCUCCGCGGGUGUGGCAUACUCCGUCGGCGUGCGCGGCUUCCUGCGCUCUCUCCGCGCUUUCCACCGAGGCUUCAGCCUCUCGGCCGAGUGCAGCCCAUCCUGACUCGCAUCCGCGUGGAGGCGACUGCGACCAAAGUGAAAUAGGUUUCGAUAAGUGCAUGAAAGAAGAUGAAAGGGAGUUGAAUUCGCGAGCGUGUAGCCUCGAGCCCGGAGCUCGAGAAGGCGAUCUUCACGGCCAACGCGAAGGGCAAGCUGGCGCCGGGAGAGCAGACGAAGACGAGGAGGCAGAGGAAAUCAUCAAGGUGCUUCUCGCGGAGGCCGCGUGCGACUCCAUUCCCGUCUCGCCUCCGCUUCUCGUCGCGCUUCGUCUGUACGCAGAUCUCAGGCAUUUGCAGCGGCGCCUUCAUGCCCUGUGGCGCAAGCGACAGCGCUGGAAGGACAUGCAGAUGGGCGUAUCGCCCCUGGAACACGGAGUCAGCCGAUGCGUGGGACGUGCUGAAAGUGACCUGAAGGACGAGUGGGUCGUGGAAAGUGAACGAGAGACAGCGAGCGAGCCGGGUAAUGGGGAAAGUCCAUACCCUAAAGAGGCAGCACAGAAAGCCGGCGGCGGAAAAGACGCGAGCGCCGCGUGCGAAGAAGGGGUAAGCGGCCCCUGUGACUCAGGCGCCGCCAGCAGCGGCGUCCAUAUCUCACCCGCCCCAGGCAACCGAGGAGAUCACGAGCCCUCGAACGAAAGCCAUGGCGUCGCACCGGACGAAAAGCAGACAGCGACCGCUUGCCGUGGUGGGGAGUCGACCACAGCGUCGCCGCCUCGGCUCGCUUUUCACCCUCACGCGGAGAAAUUGUUACACCUCGCCGCACCUGAGGGGACUCCCGCACCUCUGCGCAGUGAGGCGGAAGCAGCGGCGGCUUCCCCUCGAGCCCCUGCCACGUCGCCUGCGGCCUUCGGUCGGCUUCCGCAGUUCUCUCCGUCGUCAGCCUUUCCUGUGACGGCCUGCGUGACGACGGCGCUGCUCGCGGCGCUUGCUCGCGAGUGCGAGACGUGCGUGAAAAACAAAAACCGCCACGUCGCCGCGGAGCUCGGGGCGUGCCGCGACAGGCCGUGGCUGCUGCCGCUCGCCGCGGCCCUCUGGAGAAAUGCGCGACGCGCGCAUGCAGCGCUGCUCGCCUUCGCAGCGAGCCACGGCGAACGCGCGCGCGACGCAGAGGCCACGCGCGGCGGACUAGGAGACGCUUCCGGGAGGGGCGAAGGAGACGGAGAUGAUCCAGGCGGAGGCGGAUGUUCUGUUGCGGGAAGCGGCGAGGGGCUUGAGCGAAGCGCAGCGCAGGCAGACCGGGCGCUGCCAGCGGCCGGAACUCAGCGAGCCGCCGCGCCGCCGGGGCGCGAGGUCCCGCGAGAUCAGGCGGAACAAACGAGUCACCCCAAAACGGUGCUCGACGUCCCGGUCUGCAACGCCCUGAUGAAUCUCCUUGGGAAAUGCCGCAGCAGAGGCACUCUCUUCGAGGGCCCCAGCAGCGCAGCUCUCAACAUUCUUCGAGAGAUGGAGGAGGAACUGGGCAUGCGCCCAGACCUACAGAGCUUCCACACCGUCAUGGACACUUUCGCCAAGGAAGGCGACGUACAGAGCGUGUCGCGUCUGUUUGACGUUCUGCUCGCCCGCGGCCUGCAGCCCAACACGCGCACCUUUUCGAUUAGGUUCCACGCUGCCGCCCAGAACGGAGAUGUCGCCGGCGCGAGGGAAGUCUACGCAGACAUGCGCGCGUGGAAAGUGGAGCCGAACGAGUUCGUCCACACCACGCUCAUUCACCUCUGCACGAAAUCGGGGUUCCACCGCAGCGCACUGCGGCUGUUCCAAAAGAUGGCUGCGGACGGAAAGGUCAAGCCGACCGUCGCGUCGUGGGCUGCCCUGCUGGACGCCUGCUGCCAGGCAGCUGGGGAAGGAGGGGGGGACAAUCCGCCCCAUGAGUCGUCUCGUUCUCGCACAUCCGCGUCCGCGGCCAAACGCGCCGCCUUGCCGCGUCUUCGCUCUUCACCGUAUGCGCAAGCGACUCUCUCUCGCUCCGAGGCGCGCCCACUGGGCGUUGUGGAGGCGGCGGCUGAGACUGAAUCCGCGAGGGAAGUGGGGAGCGACGCGGGGCUUUCGCGUCGAUUCCCCGACGAGGCUGGAGAGACACGCGACGCGGGGAACCGAGAGGGAGACGAGAAGCUUUCUGCGUUCCGCGCUGUGCCCUGGCUGCCGAAGGCUGUGGAGGCGAUGGCCGCGUCCGGCCUGUUUCCCAAUGAACGGGCAUGCAACAUCUUGCUCUACGGGCUCCUUCGGCACCCGCGGCCGGUCGUUCACUUCGAUGCCGCGCUGGCAGUCUGUCGCUUCAUGAAAGAGGCUGGUUUCGCCGUCAACCAGCUGACCUUCACUUCGCUGAUUUCGGUGCUUCAAAAGCGGCGGCAGACCUACGACGUCCUCGCCGAAGGCCGUCCAAUAGGCCUUGCCUCGGGCGCGCCCUCGUCCGCUGUUCGUGCGGCUCCGCCCUCGUCAGCGCCCUCUGAGAAGGCGCUCGGAAGCGCGGCGAGCGAAGAGACACCUCCACGCGGCGGAAGCGAAUCCCCGCUGCUCCACACCUCCGCGAGAUUUCCGCUUCAGGCUUCGUCCACUGCCUCAGUCUCCGCGUUCCUGAGGCACGCCUCGCACUGCCCGGUGGAGCCCGCCGUCCGCCGCCUGCUUCAAAAAUUCCUCUUCGCGUGCAGCCGGAUCGAGACGCUCUACAGCCGCAUCUCGGCGUCCCUGCCGUCGCUCGCGGCGCUGCCCUUCACGCCAUCUGUUUCGUCUCCUUCGUCGCGGCUUUCUGCGCCGGCGGCCGACGCACGCAGCGUGAGUGGAGGCGGCGCGGAGGCGAGCGGGAAGCCAGACGAACCCGCCGCGCAAGGCAGGAGAGCGAGCGAGAGCCAGCGAGGAGAAGAGACGACAGGCACUGGAAGCGAAGAUGGAAGAGCCGCAGCGCAAGAAGAGAGGGAGGGAGACUCACGAAGCACUCACACGGCGGACGCGCAGGGAAGUAAGCGGAAGGAUUCAGCUCCUCCCUGGCUCGUGGACCGCCUGCACUCGAACGAACCGCGGCUUCAGGCACGCACGACUGAUUCAACAGAGGCGGAAACAGGGACUGAAGCCGAAGCUGCGUGGCGACGCGGAGCCGCACCGAGUCUCGCGGCAGCGAGCAAAACACUCAGCGCCAUUCGCUCCCUCUCUUUCAAGCUUCUGCAUGGCACGCCGCCGCUUCUUCCCGCUCUGGAGAAGCCGCGCGAGUCUCCCGAGGCGUCUCUCUCCUCGCUGUUUUCGGCGUCGGCGGCUUCUCGCGGGUCGCUCGGCGUCAGUCCCUUGAUGGCGGCUGCAGUCGAGGCCGCGACCGCGCGUGCGCGGAGCAUCUCGUACGUCGUCACGCUGCUCCGCUCCAGCGCGCCUCUGCGCGUUUGCGCUUCGCCUCCGUCUCGAAGGCUGCCGGCCGCGGCGCCCUCGGUGUCGUCUGCCUCUCCGUCUGCCUCGUCGCCAUUGCUGUCGCCGUCGGCGCCUGCUUCGCCCGGUUUCGGCGUCCUCUCACGGCGUCUGCAAGGCGCCCUCGACGCCGUGGAGCGCCUGGCGAACACCCGGACGGCCGAGGCCCUGAGGCUCUGCGAAAUCUGCACUGGGGCUGCCUCGGGGGCGGUCGCGCCCGCUGCGAGGAAGCGCCGAGAGUUGCGCCCGCGCGAAGUGCUGCAGCAGGCGGAGGCGAGGCCGCUCGACGCGAGGCGGCUCGAGGCAAGGAGGCGGAGCUCGCGCGGGGCGGGUCGCCUCGUCGGAGACGCGGAGGAAGACGCGACGCGCGCACUCUUCGAUGGCGCCGGAGAGGACGGUGCGACGACGGACGGCGAUGCGCGGCAGCGUGAGAGCGCGAAGGCUGACUCCACAGAAGAAUCGUUUCGCAAAAGUGGAACUGGAGCGCUGCCGGGGCUGCGUGCCGGCAGGGCCUUGCGGUCGCAUGCGAGGGAGGCUCGCUCGAACCCCGAGCGACUGAUGCCUCGCCCCUGCCAGCAGAGAAUUCCCGCAGACCUGCCUGCGCCGCCUCUCCUGUCUUCCUUCUCGCUUGCGCCUGUCGUGCCGAGAGGCGAAGGAGCGGAGAACAGCGACGCCGACAGCCGCGAAUCGAGCGGCGACGGCCUGCGACGAGCAGGCCGUCGCGGCGAGCAGGUCUUUCCUCAGAGAGGCCCCCGUCGGGAGCGGGGCGGCGAGCGGCACGCGCUGGAGACGCUUUUCAAAGCCGCCGACGACGCGCUGCGCGCCGAGGCGACUCCGUUUCCUCUCUCGCCUUUUGGAGAAUCGGGCUCUGCUCUGCUCGCGCGCGCCCCAGCCUCUCCGCGGCAGGCAUCUGCCGCAGAGAGCGGUGGAAACAAAGACGGAGACGACGCGGGCGAGCAGAAGGCGCAGAGAGAAGACGACGCGGGCGAGCAGAAGGCGCAGGGAGAAGACGGCGCGGGCGAGCAGAAGGCGCAGGGAGAAGACGGCGCGGGCGAGCAGAAGGCGCAGGGAGAAGACGGCGCGGGCGAGCAGAAGGCGCAGGGAGAAGACGCCGCUACCGAACACGGAAGGCGCGAGGAGGCAAUCGGCGCAGCGCGAGGCGAGCGCGAAGGAAAAGAAAAAGCCGCAAGAGAUUCGGAGCGCAGCCAAAGCGCGCGAGUAAUCGUCGUGUCGCCGCAAGAGGCACUGCGGCGCGCCAAGCUGCAGGAAGCCUUUGCGCUGUUCAAGGCGCUCGUUGCGACGCGCACCGCUAUCGUGGAUGCCGCGCGCCCUCUCUCUCGGAGUGUGCAAGAGAGAGGAGAAGGAGCCGCAGGGCGAGGACGGAAACGCAGUGAAACGCAUGGGGAAGAAUGCGGCGAAGGAGCGGGAAGUGAGGCUGCAUCCGAGGAUGGGCACGAAGGAGAAGGACGCGGGAGCGAGAGUCUGCGACCCGCAGAGGCCGCGCCGUCACGGAGAAAUAGCACUGCGAGAGAAGACGCAAACUGUCAGGGGACAGGAGAGAGUGGACGAGAAACGGCGUUUCUCGUCCCUGACAUCGCCGCGUUCAACGCGCUGCUCAACUCGUGCGCUCAGGCAGGCCAUCUGAGCCUCGCCCUCGCCGUCUUCACAGCCAUGCAGCGGUGUCGCGUGCCCCCCGACUUGCUGACCUACACGAUUCUCAUCAAGGCGUGUGGGAUGGCGGGCGAGGUGGACGCAGCGGAGCGCGUCUUCGAGGCCCUGAAGCAGAAGGCCGCCGCGCAGCGCCUCUCGAGCGACGCCUCAGCGACGGGGUUUCCGGCGUCGCUUUCCUCGCAGCCGCCUUCCUCGCAGCCGCCUUCCUCGCAGCCGCCUUCUUCGCCGGCGCCGCGAGAGUCCGCGGGCGGCCUCUCAGAGUUCACGUUCUACCAAAUCAUGCGGGCGAACUACCGAGCGGGUCGUCUCAAGCGUGUGUGGGAGCUCUGGAACGAACUCCGGGAGGCGGCUGCGAGCGCGGCAAACGCCGGGGUCUCAGCGCUCGGCCGAGGGUCGUGGGGAUCUACUGGCCUGCGAGUCACGAGACUCACUCUGGGGUGGAUGCUCAGCAUCUGCAUUGAGAAUCGGCUUCCGCGGGAGGCUCUCGAACUCUGCGAGCAGGCGCAGGCUUUCGGCGUUCGGCUGUCGAGCCGCAUGCAUCAGGCUCUGCGUGGCCUUCUCGCGGCGUCGGUUCGGCACUGCCUUUCGCUGCCGCCCUCUCCGUCUGUUGCGUCUGCCUAG